UCUAAAUAUAAGCUGUAAAGUGAAUUCACGACUGAUAGACGUGUGGGCAAUGAUUUUGAACAACAAUGAGACUCUAAGAAGCGAUGAAGCAAGGAAAAGAUUGAUCUUCACAACAACACCAUGUAGAGUGUUGGAGGAAAAUCAGUUGACUACUCCAACAACAAGAAGCAAGAGAUUUUUUGAUGUUACAAGGGCCCAAUUCGCCAAGAUGGCAUUGCCAAAAGUUAGAAACAUGGAUUUGUUUAUUUUCCCAGUUCAACAAAGUGGAAGAUCAUACAUGAUGACUUUUGAUUUGAAGUACAAUAAGUUCUUCAUAAUUGAUAUCUGUGAUGCAGAAAUAUCUAUUAAAAUGAAGUAUCUUUCACAACCAAACCAUCUGAAAAGUGCUGUAUUGAAAAGGCUUAGAGAUGAAAAGCACCCUCAAGCAGAAAAAGUCAAAUCCAUGAAGCCAGAAGUUUUUAAAAUGGCAUGGCGCAACAAGAAUAAUAAAGCAAAUGAAGGACUAUAUGUGAUGAGACACAUGGAAACCUUCAAUGGAGAGAGUGAUUGGGACUUUGGUCUAUUCAAAGAUAAUGAAAAGCCAUUAAACAUAAUGAGGGUCAAGUAUCUGCACAAAAUGCUCACAUUUCAGAAGAAUGAAGUAAG